CAAAUCGAUAUUCCGCUCAAAUAUUGACUCCGCGAUUGUGUGUGCGGUGUGCCGUCGUCGCGAGUGCGAGUGAGCGAACGAGCGAGCGAGCGAGGCGAGCGCGCGCGCGAGCGACAGAGUCUGUCCCGUGCAGUCAGUCGGCGAUGCUCCUUUAAAAAGCGAAGUGUACUCCGGAGUGCGCGCGCGAGUGAGACAUUUAACACCGCCGAGAGAGAGUCAACGAGUGACCGAGAGCGGUCAGCGGAGAGAAGCGCGUUAUAAGGACGCGUAGUAAAGGUGCCUCGUAAGCCACGCCGCGCGCGGCCAGGUAGCCACGAUCCUGUGACGACAAGAAUCGAGAAACGAGAACGAGGAGGAGCGGAGGAAAUAUGCUGCCGCAGGCGACGACGGGUGCGCUGCUCUGCGGGCUGCUGGCCCUCUACGUGGGGCUCACCCACGCGAGCAUCGCCGCGGCCUUCGAGUCGACACCUUCGAGCUCCUUCGAUCAUGGAGCUCCACGACUGGACCUGGAGAGUCUCGAGAGCGGAUAUCACGGCCUGGUCAAGGAGAAUGAAACUUUGGUCGAGGUCACGCCGCAGAUCCGCGCCCUGGGAACGAAAGUUUGCUCCUUCCGCAUCGCAAACAAACAUCACGGCGAGGCGCCGUUCGAGAUUGUCCUGAAGGAGAAGGGGAUGGCCGAGCUACGGGCGUUCCGAGUCCUGAAUUGCGAAAAACGUCGUAAUUACAAGUUCGACAUCGCCGCGGUCGGCUGCAAUGGAGUGCAAUCGGAAAACGCCACGGUUCAUAUUACUGUGGUUGACGUCAACGAGUACGCGCCGCAGUUUCUCCAGCCGGCCUAUGUUAGUACUGUGGACGAGGGACGCCUCUACGAAGAAGUGGUCCGCGUUGAGGCGUCCGACCGUGACUGCACGCCGAAAUUUGGCGAUGUCUGCAAGUACGAGAUCCUCACCGCCGAUCAGCCGUUCAUUAUCGACAACGAGGGUGCCAUCCGCAAUACCGAGCCUUUGGACUACGAACGCUCACACAACUACAUACUGAGCGUGGUCGCUUACGACUGCGGUAUGAAGCAGUCGGCGCCGGCGAUGGUGACGGUCAAGGUGAACCGCGUGUGUGCUCCCGGAUGGCGAGGAAUCCCUGAGAGGGUAGAUUACGCUGCUGGUGUCGGUUCGCAGCCUUUACUGCCCUCGGCGCGGCUUGAUCUUUGUGAUGCACCCUGCAUCCUGCGCAACGUGCGCGCCACUCUGACUUUGGCCACCGAUCAUAUCGGCAAGGGUUGCGAUCGUGACACCUAUGGAGUUCGCAGCCAGCGGAAACUAUGCGGUGCCUCGCGCGACAGCGUGGAUCUAUUGCCACACCUGGACCCACAACCUCCUGGACUGCCAGGCGUAGACUCAGCCGCGAUCGUGCCGAACGAUGUGCUGGAGCAUAGCCUGGCGCAGAAGUUUACCAUCGGUGUCUGGGUCAAACACCGACCACGCCCGCGACAGGAUCCACAUGUCAAGGAACACAUCUUGUGUGCUGCCGAUGAUCAUAAGAUGAAUAGGCACCAUUACGCCCUGUUCAUAAGGAACUGCAGAUUGAUUUUGCUGCUGCGACGCGACUUCUCCGAGGGUGAUCCCAACAUCUUCCGUGCUGCCGAAUGGCGUUGGAAGCUUGGUCAGGUAUGCGACGAUAAAUGGCAUCAUUACGCGAUCCAGGUAGACUUCCCACGUGUCAAUCUAUAUGUGGAUGGCGAAGAAUGGCAUGCUGACGAGAAGAACCCCGAAGUCAUCGAUGACUGGCCUUUACAUCCGGCUAAAGGCGUCAAUACCACCCUUGUGGUCGGAGCAUGCUGGCAGGGCUCCGAGAACAAGACCAAACACCAUUUCCGUGGUUACCUCGCCGGUCUGUCCGUUUUAGUUGGCCGAAACGAGAAACCGGAAGUACUCUCGUGUUUGCGGCGUUGUCAGGAAGGCAUUCACGUGCCACCAAUGGACUUGUUGCAACCGGGUACUCAGCUGCUGACCAAUUCCGAUAUGACCGAAGUGCGUAUCGAUGGUGACAAUCGUACAAAUGUGGAAACCUUACUGCGUCGUAUUGGCUACUCCAACACUCGACGUUUCCCGACGCCCGGCCGUCGUAAUUUCCGUCUUGACACAACGAUCGUUUGUGAGGGUAGCGAGAACACGCCCUUACCGGUACCGACUGUGCAGUCCUACGUCACCGUACUACCGCCUCCUCGACCAGGCAUCACCGUCAACGGUACCGGUUACGUGGCCCGAGAAUACGCUGAUUUCCGAUUGGGAGUACGUGUGUUCCCCGACGCGCGCGUCACCGCCGGAUCGGCCGCCCGAUUGGAUGCUUGCGCUGUCAGUGUUUAUCCAAGUCUCAAUCCAGAUCAUGAGAGCUUGGGAUUACCUGGUGACGCUCUGCUCGCAUUCCACGAUAUCUCCGCUCGCGUCGAUCGAGAUGGCGUCGUUCUCUCUGGCGCGGAUUCGCCUUACAACUACCAACAACUCAUUCGUCUUAUCAUGUACACGAACCGUAAACCGGCUUACUAUCUCGAUCGCGUCUUUAAACUUACCUGUUCCGAGUUGAGCGGCCGCUUCGCCAGUAAUGAGUACGUGCAAACGUUGGCCGUAAUUCAUCCUAAGGAAAAGACGACCGUUUUGCCGCAUACGACGCCCGGAGAACCGCCCAUUGCCAGAAUCGUUGAACCGGCACCAGGUCACGCACAGCUCUCGCCGCAUCAUGCUGAUCUAACAGAGGAGUAUGCUACGGCUGCGCUUCGUGAAGGUAGCAGAACCAUCAGUGGCACUGGCAGCAGCCAUGCCGUGACUAUCGUCGCCGCCGCUUGCAUUGGAUUCCUGCUAUUGAUGGCGGUUGUGGGCGCUGCGCGAGUCCGCGGGGCGGCCAAACGACGACGAUCUGCCGGUGACGAGCUCGCCGCAGAGACGGAGAUGGCCUGGGACGACUCGGCCCUCGCUAUUACCGUGAAUCCGAUGGACAGGUUGACGGAACACGACCAGCAUCAUCAGAGCCAGCGGGACGAGGACGUGGACGACUCCGGUAGCUCCGAUUCCGAGGAUGGCUCGUUCCGAGAUGAUGACCUCGACAGCUCCGACUGUGAGAACGAUUGCGAUCUCAGCAACGGUCGGCACCGCCGUCACAACUCGCCGCACGAUCUGGAAUGGGAUCAUCGUGAUGUUUAAAUCACCCUACUAUCUUUACACUGAGCAUUCUCACACAUCCCCCUUUCUUCGCGUGACACUGAGAGGAGUACUGGCCGCGUGCCACUUUCUGUAAAAUUUCUCCAUUAUAUAUCGUUUCUUCUCGCCGUACGCACCCCGUCUGAUGUUUAUCGAACACAUUUCGAAAAUAUCUCAUGAUGAAGAUUUCUUGCGUAGCUAUCGGCGGCUUCGCGAAUUUAAUCUGCGAGAGUAAAGAGUUUCGGAUUAUCGUAUACGGAUCUUUCGUCGAACGCGAUUUGCGUCCAAAAGAUCGGUUUCUCGAAGUUCUCUUCUUGUGCAUCAAAUAUCACGAAAGCGUCGUUAAGGGAUUAGAAUAUUUAUUACGCUUUCGAAUUUCCAGAAUAUAGAGUAAUAAGAUUUAACGUUCUAAGCCGCUCCAUACACUGCUCGAUCGAUUCUAUAAACGAUUAUUAACCCUCUUUACUACGCGAGAGCGUUAUCGUAUUAUCCGUCCCCACCCGUUCACUUUUUCUCGUAGAUGACGUUGGUAUAAUCGAUGAAGUAACGAGAUAUAAAACGGCAUUCAGUUAGUACUCGUCUUAAGCGUCAAGAAAAAAACUUGUAAGAGUGCGGGACGCUUUAUUGAAUAUAGUUAAAACUCUUUCUACCUACGAACACACGUCGCUGAUGUUGGUAGAAUCGGAGAUACACGCAAGAGAUACUUAAAAUGUCGCAAAAAUAUUCUCAACGGGAAUAUUUAUGGCAAUUAUUUAUAUUCUUGACUCUCAUCAUUGGUAGUAGUAGGACAAGGGAACUCUUUUUUUUUUAUACUUCUAACUAUCUUUCCUUCUUUUUAAUACGAUUAUCGCUAUUUUAUCAUUACUAAUCGCUGCGACUAUAUCUAGCCAUUUUAUCGAAAGUUGUUUUUAUUAUUAUUAUUAUGUUUAUUAUUACUGUAGGCAGGACGGCCCGGUAGCGUAGUUUUAAAUGCGAAACAGAGUGCUGAGCCGACUCUAUAUUCUUCCUCGUCUUCUCGACUAAACUUUCUUAUCUAAGGUCCAUUUGAUCUCAUGAAUGUAAUUCUCUCGCAAUAAUCGUGUCUUUCGUAUUUUGAUCAAAAGCGCUCGUGAUACGAGCUGACGUUAAUUAAUAAACCGGCAGCGAAACGCGCGUAGAUACGAAAAUAAGCUGCAAGCCAAUCGCUUCGGUGUAGCACGUGAAUCGGGUUGAGCCUGGGCCAUACGAUGCUUGCCCAAUUUUGCACUUUUAUUUUUUAAAUAUCGUUACGCCUUCGAUCGUUUUUCUUUUGCACGAUGUUCCUUCCUGAUCGGUCUGCAGAAGAUGAGUAAGGACAUUGCCACGCAUCUUAUGCUAGUGCUUCAACAUUUAAGAUAAUCGGUAUAGCAUCAUAUCCAUAUAUGAUGCGUAAGCGUGUCACAUACAAAAACGGCGUGUUUAAAAACGACGGUUUCGCCAGUCAUUUAAUCCAUCAACGUUUGGAGAACAUGAAAUAUUCGGCAAGGGGAACAAUCCGCACGCGAGCAGACGCUUCAUGCGUUAUGUAAUUUCCUCUGGUAUAAAUAUUCAUUUUUAAUUAAUUAAAAUUAUCUGACACGUGAAGGAUCGACUUAAGGGUGGAUUAUUCACUCUUCGUCUGAGGUUGUUUCAGUUUGUCUAUAAGCGUUUGACGAAUUAACGGCAGUUAAUCGUACGUAGUUUAUGUGCGCGCGUCAUGCACGUACUCUACAUUAUAUAUAUCUAUAUAUAUAUAUAUCAGCAUCCAUUCAUUAUUCCGUGGCGAGAGUCUCGUCUCGAGUAGUAGACGAUUAUUCUAAAGUAAUGCGCAGCGGCUGGAGAAGCCAUCGAGCGUGCUUCUCCCGUUAAUCUCCCCGACCUAAGACGUGUCGUAUCGUGCAAUCGCUCUUUUCACAGAGAGAAAACUGAUGCUUUUACGUGCCUUUUAAGCAAGUGUAGUACAUUGAAUUCGUAUUGUCUUUAACAGCGAAUUUCAAACGCUGCGUUUACCUCUUUCCGUUUUCUCUUUUCUUCGCAGUAUCCCGUCACCAUAGACGGGUGUCAGCCCUGUAUUGUUGUUAAGAACUUCUCGCGAUAUCGUAGCUCAGGUGCAUAGUGAGCUUGCCAUGCAAUCGCUACGGCUCGACGCAGGUUUAGCUCUUUUAUCGCUACCUAAAAGCGCGUUAUAGUGAAAAGUUCCGAUUGUAUUUUAGACGUUUACGGUUUAGAAGUUAAGGACGCGCGUUCACUGGGCGUCGUUCCCGGGCGACGUUCCGUUCGUCCGAUGGGCUGUCAAAGCAUAAUACCUGUCGAUGGUCCCGUGUCGGAAAACGCGUCAUACACGUGCAAUGAUCCCGUGGUGGGGUACAUUAAACUCUCUUUCUCUCUCUCUCUCUCUCUCUCUCUCUCUCUCUCUCUCUCUCUCUCUCUUUCGUCGGAAUGGUGACACGACGGCUGCGCAUCCGUUAUCGUCGCGAAAUAAUGAACGGAUUCUUGUGUAUGUGUGUGUCUCUAUGUUGACAUAAAUGUAGAAUUAUACCGAAUUGUUCGAAUGCGGAGGCACCAGUACCGAAGAACUCGCGUACGGAUAUAUCUAUAUUCAUAUAGGGAACUAUAAUGAACACACAAUUUAUUUUUCCAACGAGCAUAUCAUAUCAUUUUUAUAAGGGAUUUGUCGGAAACGUUUUUUGGGAAGCUUUGCUUCGCCAACGAGCGGUCGCGAAACGUCGCGACUUCGUAAGGAUUUCUUUCUCGUUCUUGGGAGAUAGGUUUCUUUUUCCCCAUCUCUCUCUCUCUCUCUCUCUCUCUCUCUCUCAAUCUCUCUCCGUUUCCGGGGAGGGUUAACAAUAUGCACCCUCUCUUACGCAUUUCUCCGACUCGCGCGAAAGCAGAUAUUUCAAUCGAAAAUUCGGAUUGCUCUAAAC